AUGGGCGAUAGCAAUUCUCCAGCAUCCGACAUGCAACAGAUAUCGGGAGGUGAGGACAUGAUUCAUGAGACGCUACAGGAAACACACAAGACUUACCUAACCGAAUUACAACACACAUCAAAACUCUUAUUGACCGACAAGCUGGCAGACCUCAAUCCGCAACGAAGUCAAGAUUGUGCCAUCUGCUACGAGCCUUUUUUAGCGGGCCAGGCUACCUUAGUGCACAAAACCACCUGUGCCAACGCAUUCCAUGCAGACUGCCUACUGAUAUGGACCAAAGAGCACGCUAGCUGCCCUGCCUGUCGAAGAAGAAUAAGAAUCCGACCAAGAGAGUCGCAUCCCGAAACCGACGCCUGGCUCGAGAGACGCUACACGGUACCAGCCAUCCACGAAGCAUGGCAAAAAUACAAUAUCCCACCGCCAAUCUGGUUUCAAAGCCUAGGAGACCUAGACGAACUAGCCAAGCUAGCAAAGCUAGCCGAUUUCUACAACCCUUAUAUGGCAGGCUACAUCGCCGAAUCUCUACGUCUUCGCAGCAUCACUACUCCAGUAAGGCGGCCGGCUCCUCUCUCCGCCGAAAUAGACCCAACCAACAACUCAGAACAAGAAGAGGACGACAUACAAUCCCAACUCGGCACUCACCACGCCCGAAUCUCCAAAUAUUGGUUCAAAGGCGCCGUCGACCGGCUCCAAUACCUGUCCUGUGGCUAUAUCCUGCCCACUACCCCUUCGGAAAUACACCUCGAAAAACACCUCUUUGGUCAAUAUUUCCAUGAAACUCGAGAGGCGCUGAGAUUGCUGGUCGAGAUAGGGCAUACGGAGGCACACGCGCUUCUGGAUCGUGCGCUUGGACCGCCGAUGGUAUUGAGGAGUGAGAGUGGUGGGGAGAGAGUGCUUGUGCAUCGGUCGAGUCCGGAGGCGAUUGAGGCGGCGUUGAGGGAAAUGGAUAAGCCGGUGGUUUGGGCGAGGAUGAGGUCGUUCAAUGAGGGGUUGUGA